AUGGACCUCAAGCUUAAGCUCAGGCCAAGCUUCUUCUUCUACUUUCUUAUUUACAUCUUUCUUCUCCAAAAAGCUGAUUUGGGAUCAGCAUUUAAUCCUAAAUGCAUAUCCACCGAGCGCAAAGCUCUUCUCACCUUCAAACAAUCACUCACUGAUCCUUCUGGUCGACUUUCUUCUUGGUCCGGACCUGAUUGCUGCAACUGGCGCGGUGUUCUCUGCGACGACAGAACCAGCCAUGUCAUCAAGAUUGACCUCAGAAACCCAAAUCAAACACUUAAGAUCUUUGAGUAUCAUGAUGAUCAUAAAGAGGGUAGCUUAGGGGGAAAGAUACAUCCGUCUUUGACCCGUCUCAAGUUCUUGAGCUAUUUGGACUUGAGUUCAAAUGAUUUCAACUUCACGGAGAUUCCUGAGUUUAUCGGCCAAAUAGUUACUCUAAGGUAUCUGAAUCUUUCUUUCUCAUCGUUUUCCGGUGAAGUUCCUGUGAGUCUUGGGAAUUUGUCGAAGCUGGAGACUCUUGAUCUGAACGCUCAGUCGUUUAUUGACAAUGAUGAAGCUCCAACUUCGUUUACUUUGCGCGCAAGCAACGUUGGGUGGCUUUCGGGUUUGUCUUCUUCACUUACUUACCUAAACAUGGGGUAUGUGAGUCUGAGUGGUAUCAGUGAAACCUGUUUACAGGAUUUCAGUAGACUCUCGAACCUGAAGGAGUUGUAUUUGUUCAACUGUGAGCUCAAGAACUUACCUCUCUCUUUGCCUUCGUCUGCGAAUCUGAAGCUCCUUGAAGUUCUUGAUAUGUCUCAAAACUCUUUCAGUUCGCCAAUACCCAACUGGAUAUUUGAUCUCACGAGCCUCCGAAAGCUAUUCUUCCAAUUUGCUAAUCUCAAGGGCUCAAUUCCUUCCGGGUUCAAGAACCUGAAGCUUCUAGAGACGCUAGAUCUGUCUAAUAAUCUGGAACUCACGGGAGAAAUUCCAGCGUUAUUUGGAGAUCUUCCUCAACUGAAGUAUCUUGACCUUUCUGUAAACUAUUUCGAAGGUCAAAUCCACAGGUUUCUUGAGGCCUUCUCCAAAAACAAAGGAAAUAUCUUGGUCUAUCUCAAUCUUAACCACAACCAUUUAAAUGGGACAUUGCCUGAGUCGCUUGGAACACUGAGGAAUCUACAGAUUCUGGAUCUUUCAUUGAAUUCCUUCACGGGUUCGAUCCCUUCUUCCGUAGGAAACAUGGUGUCAUUGAAGAAACUUGAUCUCUCUUACAAUUCCAUGGACGGAGAAAUUGAUUCAAGCUUGGGGAAGCUUGAGGAGCUUGUGGAUCUAAACUUGAUGGCAAACAGGUGGGAAGGUGUUCUGCUAAAGCCUCAUUUCGUCAAACUUAGAAGCUUGAAAAGCUUCCUUCUCACAACUGAACCAAACAGAUCACUCGUCAUCAAUCUGCCAUCGACAUGGGUUCCUCCUUUCAGACUGGAGAAGAUCAACAUCGAGAACUGCCAGAUGGGACCAUUGUUUCCAAUGUGGCUUCAAGUACAAAACAAACUCAACUCCGUCACACUCAGGAACAAUGGGAUUGCAGAUAAACUACCCAACAGCUGGCUCUCAGGAAUAGCUUCUGAUGUAACUGAACUGAUUCUAGCCAACAACAGAAUCAAAGGUACACUACCUCAAAAUCUUGUCUUCCCAAAGUUAAACACCAUUGAUUUGAGCUCCAACAACAUCGAAGGCCCUUUUCCUCUCUGGACAACAACCGCAGUAGAUAUAUAUCUUCACCAGAACAACUUCUCGGGUCCUCUUCCACUUAACAUUGAUGUCUUAAUGCCAAGAGUGAGAAGGUUAUACCUCUUUGACAACACCUUCAUCGGAGAAAUCCCGUCGUCUCUAUGCGAGGCCACCAGACUGAACAUCCUCGAUAUAAGAAACAAUCGUUUCUCUGGAAGUUUCCCUAAAUGCUGGCAUGAAUCGUCCGAGCUUUAUUACAUUGACGCAUCUGAGAAUAACAUAUCAGGCGAAAUACCAGAAUCUCUCUGUGACUUACCCGAUCUCACUCUCUUGCAUCUGAACCAAAAUGCAUUUGAAGGUAAUAUCCCAAAGUUGUAUCCUAACUGCGUUCACAUUGAACACAUUGAUUUUUCAGGAAACAACUUAAACGGAAAAAUCCCAACUGAAAUCUUCGACUCCUCUUUCCUUCGAAUCUUGAAUUUAUCAAGAAACUCCAUCGAAGGAAGCAUCCCCCAAGUAAAUUGGAAAUUUGGUCACUUGGAGACACUUGAUCUAUCAAGAAACAGGCUUUCUGGUGCCAUUCCUCAGAGCUUGGUAGCAAUGUCUUUUCUCCAAACACUGAAUCUUUCGUACAAUAAACUGGAGGGGAGAAUACCUAAGAAUCUGAAGUUUAAAGAUCCCUCCAUUUACAUUGGAAAUGAGUUACUCUGUGGGAAACCACUUCCUAAAAAGUGUUAGCAGAACGUUGUAACUAAUUGAGCAUAAGGUGCUAAGACAAUGUAUCUGUUUACUUUCCUCACGUGUUUUCUCAAGAAAAACAAUUUCUCUUCUCUGCUUGUAUCAAAUUCAAAAUCUACCCUGGGAAUGUAUAUAUAUUUCAAAAUAUACCUCUACAUUUUACGUGUUAACCUAAUAGAACCUACCUUUUACUGGUAGAGUGAACAACGAAGAAACCGAGUCCGAUGCGA